AUGGCGGCAACUGCUUGGCUGCCAAUUUCCCGCGGCGAUGCUCUGCCGGAGAAUGCUCUGGCUGUCGGGACAUAUGGUGUCGAUGGCAUGGUCUACGUGGGCCGUCUGAACGGCGAGGUGGGCAAAAUCAACCUGAAGGAUGGGAAGAUGUGGAACUUCCGUGCCCACCAUCAGUCUCAUUCCUACAAUGCGGAGAUCCUGACUUGCUCGGAAGUCUACAAAUGGAUCGCACUGAAUAAGGGUGACCCCAUUCCAGCGCACGCCGUCGCGGGCGGCCAAACACCCACUGACGGCCUCGUUUUUGUGGGGCACUCGAGCUUGGAGCCUGGGAAGAUCAACGUGUCCGAUGGCAAGAUGAACCAUUUCUGGUCCCACAACCAGGGGAAGUGCUACAGCGCCCUGAUUUUGGUCGUCGAGCCACCUGUUGCUGAAGCCGCACCGUUGGAACCGGAGAGGCCUGCAAGGGUCGGCCCUCCGGCUCCCUCGCUUCCUGCCUCCUUCCCGAACCUGGCGCACUUGAGCCAGGAGGAGUUGGCACAGCUCAAAGCCAAUGAGGUGUUGCAAAGAGAUGUGCUCCAAGAGCUUCCAGGCGUCCAGGACUACGUCGGGCAGCUGCGAGCGCUGUCACAACAGAAUGCCAAACGAGCCGAGGAGCUCCUUUGCCGCCAAGAGGGGCUGCAGGGACGGAUCCAGCAGUAUGAGCAGGAUCUGAGUUCCACACAGUCCUUACGUAGCCGCGUCCUCGACCUCGCGGCUGAAAGAGACCGUAUGAAGGCCGGACAGCAGCUCCACGGCGUCUGA